UUGCGCCGAGUAGAGACAGAGCCUAGUAUAUCCAGCGUGUGUUUGUUGUUAUAUAGUCUGCCAUGUCUUUCACCAAGGGAUUUUUGUCGGGAACAGUUGCAUCAGUCACUUGUUGUGCGUUGUACUCGUUGUUAGAUGUCACGCCGAGAAAGUCUGAUGUUCUCGAGUCUGUGGACCAUGCCUUACUGGAGGAUGUGGCCAAACUGGAGAAGACUCGGGAGAUAUUGAAGUACGGUAUUCCAGACAGAGGGCCAGCCAUCCGUUCCUAUAGCGACCAUGUGCUAGCAUACGACCAGGCCAGGAAGAUUCCUGUAUGGGUUGCAGAGCAUCUCCACCGAGGGAAACUGACAGGUUCAGCCAAUCGGAAGAAGUCCCGGUUUCUGCCCGACCUGGACUUAGAGAGCAGGUUUUCCGCCACCAACGAUGACUUCUGGCACAGUGGCUGGUCCCGCGGUCACAUGGCACCUGCCGGCAAUUAUAAGUAUGACCAGCGGUCCAUGAGUGACACGUUCUACCUGACCAACAUCCUGCCCCAAGACAUAGAUAACAAUAGUGGCUUCUGGAAUAGAUUUGAGAUGUACUGUCGCGACCUCACCAAGAAAUUCAAGGACGUGCGUGUCAUCAGUGGGCCUGUGACCUUGCCAGAGGUUGCGGAGGAUGGAAAACUGUAUGUGACCUAUGAAGUGAUUGGAAAGAGUCAGGUCGCUGUUCCAACCCAUCUGUUCAAGGUCAUUGUUGCAGAAAAUGACAAUGACUCACAUAAGAAAUACGUUGGUGCAUUUAUUGUCCCAAACAAGCCAAUAUCGAGUCAUAAACUACAGGAUUUUGAAGUGAGUGUAGAUGAUUUGGAAAGAAAAACGGGUGUUACGUUUUUACCCAAACUGGAUAAAUCGAUGCAGUCAAGUUUAUGUGGGAAAGAUGGAUGUGCCAUUAUGUCCAGUAAUGAAUUUGAAUUGGACUUGACGAGGCGGAGAAUCAAGUGGGCAGACAGUGUUCACCAACUAGAGAAGUCAUGGACAGAACUUCAGAACAAACGUAUAAAACCUGAUGAGCAUCUAGUUAUUCUAUACCAGAACAGAAGAAAUGAACUGGUACAAAAAGAAAAAUUAAAACAUGAACUCUGAUAUAGUUUUCUUGUUACAAUGUUUUUCAAUUAAACAUGGCAACUGCAUUGCUCAUCAGCUUAACCAUU